AUGGGAGAUAUAGCUACAUCCAUAAGCAAGUUGGAGUCCCGUGGUAAACUCCCUUCUCAAACCGAAAAGAACCCAAAUGUCAAUGUGGUGACCUUGAGAAGUGGCAAACAAACCAGAGAAAGUAGUUCAAAGAAGAAGCCAAGGGAUGAAGAGGAAGAAAUAGAAGUCAUUCCCAUUGAGGAUCCUAUAGCCAAGAAUGAUGCACAAUCUGGAGCCCCAAAGAAGACUACCCCUCUAGUGACACCAAUAGCCACUCAACCGCCAUUGCCCUCUCGACUUGCAACUUCAAAGAAGAACAUGGAGGAGAAAGAGAUUUUGGACACCUUCCGAAAGGUGGAAUUAAACAUUCCUUUACUUAAUGCAAUCAAACAAAUUCCUAGAUAUGCAAAAUUCUUGAAGGAGCUUUGCACCAACAAGAGAAAUUUGAAGGGAAAUGAGAAAAUCUCUAUGAAUGAAAAUGCAUCUGCGGUUUUACAAAGGAAACUUCCACCCAAGUGCAAAGAUCCGGGAAUGUUUACGGUUCCUUGCAAAAUAGGAGAUGUCACUUUUAGUAGUGCCAUGCUUGACCUUGGUGCUUCUAUUAAUGUCAUGCCCUAUUCGGUAUAUGAAUCAUUGAAUGUUGGUCCUUUAAGUGAAACCGGUGUCAUAAUCUCUUUUGCGGAUAAAUCAAGUGUCUUUUCUAGAGGUGUUUUGGAAGACGUCCUAGUGCAAGUGAACCAAUUGGUCUUCCCGGCGGAUUUCUAUGUGAUUGAUCUAGAUGAACAAGUGUCCUCAAAGUCGGGUAUAAUUUUACUUGGGAGACCAUUCUUGAAGACGGCAAGAACAAAGAUUGAUGUGUAUACGAAAAGCUUAACAAUGGAGUUUGAUGGUGAAACAAUAAGUUUUAACAUUUAUGAUGCUAUGAGAUAUCCUAAUGAUGUUUCAUCAUUGUGCUUUAUUGAUGUUGUCAAACCAUUAACCCAAGAGUUGUUCGAGUUGUCUAAUGGUGACAUGUUGGAGAUGAUUUUGAGCAAAGGAUUUGAUUGUGUUAAAUUAGCCAAGAAGUUAAAGCUCUACUCAUUAGAUCCGGAAGUUGAAAGAUUGGUCAAAAAUUUAGAGAUCAAGAAAACACUCAAUUUAGUGUGA